AUGCUGUCCAAACUCGCUCUAGCCUCUGCUCUGAUUCCCGUUGCCCUUGCCUGUCUGGGCUAUGAGGGAGGAGUCCCUACACCUACCCGUUCAUACUCCAACAGCGCUCCUAUCGAGAUUGCCGCCGGUCAGACCUUUGAUGCCGGUUGGGCCAAGUAUGACCGCGGCUCCGGCGCCUGCAGUGACGGCGAAGGUGGUAACGACGACGCCGUCUUCAUUCUCCAGUCCGGUGCUACCCUGAAGAACGUCAUCAUUGGCAAGAACCAGAAGGAAGGUGUCCACUGUGAGGGCCCUUGCACCCUGGAGUUCGUCUGGUUCGAGGACGUCUGCGAGGAUGCUAUCACUGUUCGCGGCGACAAGGCGGGAGACCACACCUGGAUCAUUGGCGGUGGUGCGUACCACGCCAGCGAUAAGAUAGUGCAGCACAACGGCUGCGGAACCGUCAACAUCAUCAACUUCUACGCCGAAGACUACGGCAAGGUCUACCGCUCCUGCGGCAACUGCAGCUCCCAGUGCAAGCGCAACGUCUACAUCGAGGGCGUCACCGCGUACGACGGCGGCGAGAUCUGCGGCAUCAACCAGAACUACGGCGACACAUGCACCUUGAACAACGUCUGCACCGAUGCCAAGACACCGUGCCAGAUGUACUCUGGCUGCGCUGGCGGCUGCGAGCCUUCGAAGGUCGGGGCCUGCUCUGGUUAA